UUAGUCAUUGUUUUCCUAAGUGUGUGGUGUUGGGUACCAUUAAUCUAACCUUCAAUUUAUGCAAGUAUUCAAACUCAUGUGCAUAAUUAUGUUGAAGGCUAGGAGCUACUUAUUUCAUGGAUGGCAUGUAAGCUCAUUACCUUAAGGUCACAGGUACAUUUGUCUGUGAUUUCACUCAAUUUUGCUGUGAUAUUAAAUUCUGCUAAAUUUUGCUCAAGUUGUUUGUCUAUAGGUGUACAGUGUUUGGUUAUAAGAGCUCUUCCCAGUAUCUCGUGACAGCCUCAGAGACUCACCUCAGCUCCAAGUCUGGGACCUCCUCUCUUGCUCAGUGCUGUGGUGUGUGAAGACCAGAGUGUGUUCCAUGGUAUCUGAUCCUCUGAGUCAACUCACAGCUGUGUUUGUGCCCUCAGGGAAUGACCCACCAUCCACACAUUGUGGGUCACUCUGUGUGCUCAGGAGUCAGGACAAGUGCUGGGGGGCGUGUUCCUACCCCCUCAGUCAGGGGGUACCUCCACAUACACUGUACUUCAUGGACAAUGCACAGGUGUUGGUUGUAUGGCCAAGAGAAGGAAGGUAAAGAGAAGAGUGAUGGCUCUCGGCUGUUACUAGGGGACAAUGUUCCCACGUCAGAGAGGGCAUUCUGGGAUAUCUUUGGAGGCAGCAAACUACAAAACAGAGGUUCUACGGUACACCACAAGUUGAACAGCACGUCCAAACCAUCACUCUCUAUACUCAGUGCCCCUCCCCACGUCCUCCCCCCAAUGCUCUCCCUCUGUCUCCCGUUCCUCCAGUCACUAUUAACACAUCGGCAGGGGUCUAAAGGUCACCUUGAUGAAGACAUGGCCGAGAGUGAGGUCGGAGAUCUGUUCAGAGGACGAAGGUCAGCCAGAAGUGGGUGUGGCCUCUAGUAAAGCUAGCAAUGUGAUGGAAGUGGACAUUGAGUGUAGAGACUUGGAGGUCAAGAACUAUGACUGGCUAGUAGAGCAUUUCAGUAUUCGAUAUUUUUUGUGAACCAAGCAUUCUUGACAAUACCAGGAGCAGAUUACAGAACCUCUUAACAAUAAAUGUACACAAUACAUGUAUAAUUAUGUAUAUGCACGGCUACACUAUAAUACCACAGGUAAUUUCUGGGAAUCAAAACAUUUGUGGUUGAGCAAUUAGUUCGUGGUAAUAUUUUGUGGUGAUGUACACUGCAAUGAUCAUUCUUCAUUCGUGGGUAAAUAUUCGUGCUCCAAU